GCAGCCCCGGCAGAGCUGACCGCGGCGGCGCCGCAGCCGCGGCAAAGCGGAGCUGAGCCGCCUAGCGACGCUGCCCAGAGGGCCCGCGGCGCUGCCGCGGCAGCGGCGAGCGGGGCAGCGGGGCAGCAACCCGCCCAGCAGGCGCGAUUGGAGCAGUCCCAACCGCGUCUGUGCCCCUCGACGCCUCCCUCUAUGCUCGCUCGGGGGGUGCCCGCGACGGCGGGGCCGACGCAGACUGCCGCGCUCGAGCCGCGCCCGUGCCCCGCGACGCCUCCUUCGAUGUUGUCUCGGGAGUUGGCAUCGAGGGCGGGGCAGGCGCAGACUGCCGCAGGGCAGGGCGCGCAGCCGACUGACUUGUUCGCGAUGUUCGCGAGGGCGAUCCUGACCCAAACGGUGCUCAACCAAGGCGCCUUCCCGCUGUGCUCGAUGUACGCGUCGAUGCAGUGCGCGGGGCGGGCUCUCGCGGCCAAGUUCCGCAUCGCUGUCGAGCCGCAGACCCUGCUCAAUAUCGCCAUGGAGGAACGCAUGCCCGCCGGCCCCCAGUGGCCAGACCAGGUGUUCAGCAGCCGCCCCAGCCUGUUCGUGCAAACGCCCUCCUUGAACUUCACGCUGGCCACGUCGGUGCUGGUCACGGAUAGCUACGAGAACGCUGUCCGUCAGUCUCCCGACAGGGCGGGUGGACACUCACCGCCGUCGUGGCAUCGUGGGGGGCGCCUUCCACUGGCGCGGGCGCCCGAACGCCUACGCGCACGUUGCCGGCUGUGCACGCGGCCCGUGACGGCACCCUGCAAUGCCAGAACUCUUGGGGCGUCGGCUCGGACAAUCCUUAGGCUUGCGGACCCCACGGUCACCAAGGCGCCCUUCCAUAGAGCGUAUUUUUUCGAUCCCAUCGUCGAGGGGGCGUGGCGAGGGAUCGGGCGCGCUGUCGCCGCGGCGGCCCCCACCGCGUCGCCCGAAUGGGCGCAUCUGAAACCGUCUUGGCCUGACUCCGCCAGGGACGGCGCGCGAUUUCAUCUU